ACUACUUUGGGAAUAUCACAAUGAACUCUACUGCAGCUCAAGAUUUCUGUUCCGCCAGAAACAUGCAUUUGGUCCGUAUUGAGACACCGUUGGAAUGGAAAAUCUUGCAGCCACUUCUUUUCGGUAGGUACUGGACGGCUGGUUACUUCACCGUCUUGAGUAAGAUCGACAACAUCACAGCCUUCUACUGGGGACCGUGGAAUGAUAAAGAAAGUGUAAUAAAGUUCUUUUCCUGGGCGCCUGGACAGCCAGACGAUCCGUCAAUUCAGCCCAACAUUACAGUUAAUAGCACUGGCUGGUAUGACGAGAGGGAGGAUGUUGAUAUAUACGCACUGUGUGAAGAUGACGGGGCAUAAACUAGAAAUACACACGCUUAUAUCAUUAAUGAUGUUAUCAAAGGCACGAGGAUUUCUAAUAUAGGAAUUGUCAAUAUCAUUUACUAUAGUAAGUAAAUGGUGUGCCCCAUACUUUAGUAUCAUUAUUUUUUUAAAAUAUCAAAAAGUACAAUGUGUUACAGUACUUGCUAAUUUUUGUAUGUAUUUCUGAAAACUAGA